AUGGAGGAGGGUGAAUAUUUCCUGAAGGUGUUGAUUCCCAGCUAUGCCGCUGGUUCAAUCAUCGGUAAAGGGGGGCAAACCAUCGUGCAGCUUCAGAAAGAGACUGGAGCCACCAUCAAACUGUCCAAAUCUAAAGACUUCUACCCAGGUACGACAGAGCGUGUUUGUUUGAUUCAGGGUACGGUGGAAGCUCUGAAUGGAGUUCAUAACUUCAUUGCUGAAAAAGUUCGUGAGAUGCCUCAGAGCAGUCAGAAGACCGAACCAGUCAGCAUUCUCCAGCCACAGACUACUGUUAACCCUGACCGUGUUAAACAGGCUAAACUGAUCGUGCCCAACAGCACAGCAGGACUCAUCAUCGGUAAGGGUGGGGCAACAGUUAAGGCUGUGAUGGAGCAGUCGGGAGCCUGGGUACAGCUUUCUCAGAAGCCUGAGGGCAUCAAUCUGCAGGAGCGUGUCGUGACAGUGAGCGGGGAGCCGGAGCAAAACCGCAAGGCCGUGGAGAUCAUUGUUCAGAAGAUCCAGGAGGACCCACAGAGCAGCAGCUGUCUCAAUAUCAGUUACUCCAACAUCACUGGCCCUGUGGCCAACUCCAACCCAACCGGUUCCCCAUUCGCUAACUCUACAGAGGUGUUACCCAACGCCGCAGCAGCAGCUACAGCCUCCACGCUCCUUGGCCAGGUGGGUCUCGCAAGCAUGGGUGGGUUCCCUGCGGCCAUGACAAGUUUUUCCGGUAAUGAUCUUCUUGCCAUUACAUCUGCUCUGAACACUCUGGCCAGUUAUGGCUACAAUACCAAUACACUGGGGCUUGGCCUCAACCCGGCCGCUGCAUCUGGGGUGCUCGCUGCCGUUGCAGCUAGCGCCAAUCCAGCGGCUGCAGCUGCUGCCAAUCUGCUUGCUACUUAUGCCAGCGAGGCUACUGGAGGGGGCGGCCACCCUGGCGUACCUAGCUUAGGGGGCUUCUCACUGGGCUCCCUAGCGGCCGCUACAGGGGUGUCUAAUGGUUACCUGAAUGCCUCAUCCCCACUGGUGGCAUCAUCUCUGCUGGGCACAGAGAAGCUGGCAGAAGGUGGAAAGGAAGUGGUGGAGAUCGCUGUGCCAGAGAACUUGGUCGGUGCUAUCUUGGGAAAAGGCGGCAAGACUCUCGUGGAGUAUCAGGAGCUGACAGGGGCACGAAUUCAGAUCUCCAAAAAGGGAGAGUUCAUUCCAGGCACACGCAAUCGCAAGGUGACCAUUACAGGGUCGCCGGCAGCAACGCAGGCCGCCCAGUAUCUCAUCAGCCAGCGAAUCACAUACGAGCAAGGUGUCCGUGCCACCAACCCUCAGAAGGUGGGCUAGGGAUGGACAGGAGUGGGGAGGAGAAUGACGAAAGAGAAGGAAACCAGAGAGAAUGAAUAGAUGACUGAAUGAAUGAAUUCGAGAGAGAACGGGAUGGGUUGGAGUGAGAAACAUGUCCAAAUACUUAAACACAAAAUAAGGAUGAUUACAAAACAAAUGAAAAACGAUCUGAUGGAACUGUGGAUAGAUAAUCUGAUAAUCUGUGGAUAAUAAUCUGAUUGGGGAGAAAUGUGAUAUUUUGUGACUGAAAUUUUGCUGUAUUUUUAAAGUUGUGUUACGUUGUGUAGGUCCGAGUAUCGUGCCCUGGGGCACUCAGAGGAGGAGGAGAUCAAACCUCACUUCCUCUCUCAUAGCCAGGGUCUUUUUAAUUCUAUGUUCAACUUUUGGCUUCCAUUGCAGAACCCUCACAGUUUAGUUCAUAUCUAAUCCACACCCUGAGCAAGGAGAUUGGAGUUUGAAGCAGUCCCCCUUUUGAUAUCAGUAAAUUGAGUCUCUGAAACUGUUGUGUAGGCCUGAAAUAAAAAGGAAGAUACCUAUAAAAUAUUUCCAUAGGUAAUCUUGGUUUCCCCCCUUAUUGUUUUCAACUGAGACUUAAUCUCAAACACCUGCUGAAAGAUUUCAGUCUGCAUUACAUUACUAAUAUCUCUGUGACUCUCCAUUAUGGUCAGUUCACAAUCAGCCUCUUUUAGAUUUACUCAAACCUGUGAUUCCAGGUUGACCUGAAUGUAAAAGUACUUCCUGAAAUUGUUGUUUUUUUUAAUAUGUAAAUAGAGUAUCAAAUUGAGAUGCUGUUGAAAGUAGAUAACUAACCUUCAGCCACAGACAGACAGAGACCGACAUCAUACAUCAAAGUUUAGAUACUCAGCAUUAGAGAACUGGAAUGUAAUACACAUAUAUACAAGUGCAGUUUAGUCACAGGAUCCCACUUUGGUGCUAUAAGAAAACACAUUUGAAGAGAUUUUGUUGUCGUAUCUACUGAUUUUAGUAUUUAUGGGAGAGUUUCUCUGAGCCCUCAUGAAUUAUUGGGGGCAUUUUGCGAUUUACUCACGAGACUGAGAGCGAGU